UUCUUGGCAAUUGUACACACGUGUGUGCGGGAUGGUUUUCGUACACUGAUAAAUUGUAGGGAAUUAAAAAGUUUUACUGUGAUAUAUUUUUAAAUGGGUGGGAGGAAUAGAAAAAGGAAAGAGAGGGGGAAGGAACGGCGUUUUCUAAAUGUAAAAUACAGCAAACGUAUGAUAAAUUUAGCUACUAAAAUCUCGAUUGGCACUCUUAUUUCUUUAGCUAUAGUUUUUGUCGCGUAUUUAUAUAAUAAAAAUAAAUCCGAAAAUGAAUCAGUGAAGCUUGCAGAAACUCUUGCCGGAUUACUCUCAGAAGAAAAAUCAGCUUCAGUUGAUGCUGGAACGAAAGUUGCUAUUGGUUUUGGAUCCUGUCAGGAUAUUAUAGUUCAAAGCAAUCAAGUUAUAUUUGAUCCUGCUCCAGAAGAACCAGAGCACUUCUAUUCUAUUGCAACAAAAGAAGAAUUUUUGAAAGUUUUUGCAUAUUUCUAUCGUCAUGGUGCUGCUGCUGAGAGAUUUAUAUCUAAUUCCACACUGUUUCAUGAAUUGGUUGAUGUGGCCAAGAAAGCAGCAAGCAGUCGUUAUCACAUUGGUGGUAAUGCUCCAGUGAUGGCAAAAAGAUUUGUAAAAGAAGGUUGUGAAGUUCUUUUGGGAGCACAUAUAUCUAAAAGUCUACGUAAUGAGUUCCCUACGGGAAUUCAUAUUUCGGGACCAGAGGUUGAAAGUGAUGAUAUACAUUUAUUGCUUGAAUAUCCAGCUGGACAAAGGUGGGGUCCAUAUACACCUCCAAGAGCAAAUCGUUUCAUUGUACAUAAUGAUCACCAGAAUCCUAAAUUAUUUUCUCUGGAUGCAUUUAUAAAUCAAGUGAAGAAUUAUGACCCUAAUCUCCUUGUGAUUGGAGGACUUCAAAUGAUGGAUAAUUUUCCAAUGUCUGAAAAUAGACAGAAAGAACUUCUACUCAAAGUACAAAAGCUGAUGAAAUCACAACCUAAUGAUGUUAGAAUACAUUUCGAAAUGGCUUCAUUUAGUGAUGAAAAACUUUUGAAGGCCCUUGUAGCGAAUGUGAUACCUUUUGCAGAUUCAUUAGGAAUGAAUGAGCAAGAGUUGCCUAAUUUGUACCAGAUGAUGAAGUAUGGCAAUGUCAGUCUUCUUGCUGAGAGCCGUCCAAGAAUUGCUUCUAUAUUAGAUCAGAUGAGAAAUGUUUUUGAAUUUCUUCAAGGCACUGUGGAAACGCAUGGUCGUCGUAAGCUUACAAGACUUCAUGUUCAUACUUUGGCUUUCCAAGCAAUAUUAACAGAUAAAGAAUCUCAGUGGAAAAACACAAAAGCAGCUGCAGCUAAAUCAGCUCUUACAGCAAAUCGACACACUUGUGGGUCUGAUGUAAUAGAUGUGAAAAAAGCUAAACUCAUUAUGGAUGAUGCUUUUACAACAAGUAUGAAACCUGAUGCUCGGCGUAUACCUUUUGAAACCAAACAUCCAAUAUCUUGCUGGGAUGAACUGAAUGUAGAAAUAUGCAUAGCACCUGUAUUAGUUUGUACAGAUGUUUUACAAACUGGUGGUGGGGGAGAUAACAUUUCUUCAUCAGGAUUAGUUUUACAAAUUUAAAAGUUUUACUGAAAAUUACUCAAGUGUUUUAAUUGGACCAUUCUGA